AUGGGAAAACCAUUAACUGCCGAAUUAAUAAAAUAAAAAGCAAAAACUGAGGCAAUUCAUCUUGUAAAAAGUCUAAAUCUUUGGGGUUAAGAAAUAGAUGAUUUAAGAGUAUUAAGUUAAAUGCCUAAUUUAGAAGUUUUAUCAUUAUCUGUAAACUAAAUAGAUACAUUAAAAGAUAUCAAAAGUUGUUUUAAAAUAAAAGAAUUAUAUCUACGUAAAAAUAACAUUUCUGAAAUUUCAGAAAUAAGGCAUUUAGUAGAUUUACCAGAACUUAAAGUAUUAUGGCUUUGUGAUAAUCCUUGUGCUACAAUUCCUAAUUAUAGAGAAAUAAUAAUUAAAUCUUUACCAAAUCUUGAGAAAUUAGAUAAUACUCCAAUUACUUAAGGCGAAAUUAAUUAAGCCUAAUCUAUAGAUAUCUAUUUUAUUGGGCCUAAAAAUGAUAACUAAUAAAUUUAAAUAGUUAUGAUGAAGAAAGGGAGGUUAAUUAAUAAAUUUAAAACAAGAAUAUUAUAAAUAAUUAAUAAUAUGAAAAUAAAACUAAAUGGUAUUUUUUAUUUUUUUUAUAUUUUAAUUAAUUUUUUUAUUUAUUUAUUUUAGUUGUAAAAUAAAAACAUAUAUGAAAAUGAAAAUAAAAAUUCAAAUAUUGUUAUAGCAGUUCUUUCUCUUAUUAAAGAAUUAGAUAUUAAUAGUUUAGAAAUUGUCAAAAGAGAUAUUGAUAGAAGAUUAAGUAAUAAAACAAAAAAAUUUCAUAUUUAUAUUUAAAUUUUAUAGAUUAUUUGA